AUGUUUAACCAACGCACGCGUGUUUAUCUUACACAAAAUAUAAAUCUUGAACCAAAUCAAGCAUUUCACGAUAUUCGUGAAUGUAUCGUAACAGAAGCUUUCGAAUACGCUCUCUGCAAAAGUGAAAUAUAUCGCAAUGAAAAUGUGGUUUAUCAAGGGCUCAACCUCCAGGUAAGAGCUUUGAAGGAUGCAAAUGGUGGAGUUUAUAAUUAUUGUCCGUGUCGGUGUGGACUUAUUUUUGAUACGAAUUCAAUACCAUACCGCGAAAUCGCCACUGAAUAUAUACCGGAACCUGGACAGCAAGUGCAAGAAUUUGACAUACAACAACAUAUUUUAGAUAUGCAAAGGCAUAUGGCUGCGGCACAGCAGCAAAAUCCUGUAGUGCCUCUUGAGCAGCUACCACAUAUUCUGCCACAAAUUAUGGAACAGCAACAACAACAACAUCAACAAUUUAUGGUGCAAUAUCAAAAUCUUGCCAGACAACAUUAUGCAGGGUUUAUGGAACAGAUUAUGGCACCACAGGGAGACGUGAAUCAACCUCAAAAUGUCCCCAUCAACAAUAUACAAGUAUAUGUUGAGCAACCUCAAGAAUAUAUUGAGCAUCCACAAGAAUAUGCGGUGAAUCUACAAGUGCCACAGCCAAUUCAAGAAUUGGAAGAGCGCUAUGAAAUUAUAGAACAGCAGGAAGUUGCUGAUGAAGAAGACGACGACGAUGAAAGUGAUGAAGAUGAUGAUAUGGAAGUGGAUGACGAAGAUAUGGAGGAAGAAGCAGAGGUGGAGGAAGUCUAUAUAGAAGAAGAACCACAUGUGUAUAUAGUACCACAACCUCUACCACCACCACCACCACCAGUAGUAGAGGAACCAAUACAAUGUUACGGUAUUUCAUCGACAAGUUCGGACGACUCAGACGAAGACAUUUGGAGAGGCGAAAAUCCAAUAAACUAUAAUCGUCGAGAUGCUGUUCAAUACAAUAGAAUAAGCAGUACCGCGCACACGGAAGGCGAUGAAAGUGACUAUUCGGAUGACGAAUACGAUGACGACGAUUGGAGUACAGAUAGCGCCGAUGAACUAAACGAUUACUAUUGA